AUGGGAGUCUUCAUCAAUGUGUUCCAGAAUGCGGAUGAGAAGAAGUCCUUUCCUCUGUCAUCAUGGAGUGAUGGCACAUAUAACGUGUCUUCAGCCGAACGCUACGCUAUUUGGAAUCUGGUGUGGCAUCGAGUGAGCUAUGGUGAUCAGUAUCCUCAGCCAGUAGAUCCUGCUGGAACACCACGUACAGAUCUAUUAGCUACGCUAGCGCUACUGCCACUCCCAAAAGCACCAGUCCCGACACGAUGUACGAAUGUAUACCCGCUACAGCACCAAUUACAGAGAUACAUGCCACUAGUUAAACACCGGCCACGUCUAUACCUCGCCCUAGAUGUCAAAGACUAUGCUGACGGCCUACCACUCGUGCUAGCACAACUUAUUCGACUGUCACGGCUCCUAACACCUGAAGGCCUUGCGAGUGAAGAAUCACGGAAAGCCACACAUUUAUUUACAUCGCCAUUCAAGCAUCCGAAUAAUCUAGACGGUACAAACAUCUUCAUAUCAGUGUACGAGUCAGAUUCGACAGAUGAUACCGCUAGAAUCGCCAUGUCGUGGUACACUGCAUUGUCGAUAUUGGGAAUACCGUGUCGGGUGGUUGUAAAUGGUGUUUCGAGAAGUGGGAUUCCGAAUCGGAUAGAGUUUUUAGCGGAGGUGCGGAAUCGGGUGCUGGAUCCGCUGGUAGAGUUGUGGAGACAGGGAGAUGAAUUUGAUCGUGUUGUUAUUUUGAAUGACGUUGUGUUUUGUGCUGAGGAUAUUCUAGAGCUGAUAUUCCAGUCCAUGCAGCAAGACUCAUCUAUAACAUGUGGUUUGGACUAUUUCGAAACUGGAUUUUACGACAUCUGGGUCGCUCGAGACAUUGACGGCCAAGAAUUUAGAAAGCAACCAUGGGAUGCAUUUGUCCCAACACCCGAAUCAGCAUCCAGGCUAUCACGCGGCCUACCAUUCCAAGCUCAGUGCUGUUUUAAUGGUGUCGCAGUAUACGUUGCCAAACCAUUAGCAACGCGACAAGUACAGUUUAGAAGGUCUGAGAAAGGGACUGAAUGUGCCGCUAGUGAGUGUAGUUUGAUAUGUAACGAUUUGGCGAGGGAGGGGUAUGGACGUGUGUUGGUCGUACCUCGCGUCAGAUUUGCAUACGACACCCGCACAUACGGCAAAGUAUGGAAUAUGACGAAAGUACUAUGGGAUAUAACAUCGCUCACUUCUUCAUGGUCAACAUUUGUGCCAUUCAACCAAGAGCGGAUACGGAGUUGGAAGGAUGGUCCGACGUCUGUGCUUUGCAAAGGAUUGGAAGGUAACGGGCAUGAACCAGAUACGGAUGGUAUAUGGCAGAAACUUGAGUAUCGGCAUAGUGUGUAUAGGGAGGAGAUGCGGUUGGGUGAUUACUUGGUUUCGUUGGUUUGA